UGCAGCUUCACUCCUAGAGCCCUGAGGUGGAUGCAGACGAUGAUCUUUGCUGUGAGAGAAAUAAACCAACGGCAAGACCUUUUGCCAAACUUUUCACUGGGCUACCACAUCAAGGACGGUGGUGAUGACAUACCUGUAUCUGUGAAGAGGUCUCUUCUUCUGGUCAAUGGACAGCCAGAAAAGGGCAGUGGAAAGAGCUGUACAAAAGAUAUACAAAAGCAGCCGAGCCCUGUAAUCGUGGGAGAUGCUGCAUCAGGAGUCUCCAUGGCUGUUCUGAGAACUUUAGGAUCCUUUAAAAUACCCAUGGUGAGCUACUUUGCAUCCUGUUCAUGUCUCAGUAACAAGAAAGAGUUUCCAGCAUUCAUGCGGACAAUGCCAAGUGAUGUAUUUCAGAUUAAAGCUUUGGUAAAACUUGUUCAUUAUUUUCAAUGGACAUGGGUUGGGGUGAUCGGUGUGGAAUCAGAUUAUGCUCGCUUUGCUAUCCAGCUUUUCCUAAAGGAGUCCGAAACAUUUAAUAUUUGUCCUGCUUAUGUUCACUUCUAUUCUGUUGUUUUGAUGCAAGAUGCAGUGGAGGAACUUGUGAACAUUUUAAAAUCGUCUUCUGCCACAGUCAUAGUAAACUUCUCUGGGGAAUCAGAACUACAUAGUAUACUAAAAGAGUGCAGACGGCAAAAUCUUACUCAUCUUCAGUGGAUUGCCAGUGAGGCUUGGGCCACAUCUAAAGCCCUCUGGGGCAAUUUUGGUGAUCUGUUGAAAGGAACAUUAGGGUUUGCCAUACGGAGAGCUGAUAUUCCACAUCUUGGUAGUUACCUCAGAAGAGUAAAUAUUUCUGUUGCUCAAAAGUCAGAUUUUCUCUCUGAGUUUUGGGAAGAGACUUUCCAUUGUCGACUGAAUGGGUCUUUAAAUACUCAUGUACAUGGAGAAGAGCCACAGAACUGGCCACUUUGUAAUGGCAGUGAGAGUUUGGAUGAUGUAUACACUCCCUAUUUAGACGUGUCACAACUCAGAGUCUCCUACAAUGUUUAUAAGGCUGUGUAUCUCAUAGCACAUGCACUACAUGACAUAAGUACAUGUGAACCAGGAAAAGGCCCCUUUCAGAAUGGGACAUGUGGGUGUCUGUCUCAAAUUCUGCCAUGGCAGCUCCUGUACUAUAUGAAAAGAACACAUUUCACAACACUAGGAGAAGAGGUCAGAUUUGAUGAUAAUGGUGAUCCCAUUGCAUCCUAUGACCUGAUGAACUGGCGAAGAGAGUCGGAUGGCUCCCUUCAGCUAGUGAGGGUGGGAUUCUAUGAUGCCUCCCUCGAAAAUGAAAAGGACCUAGUAAUAGAUGAGCCAGCAAUUAUGUGGCACAGCGGAGAGAAGGCACCAGAAUCACUGUGCAGUAAAAGCUGUUUUCCAGGCUCCAGGAAGGCCAGGCAGAAAGGAAAGCCAGUCUGCUGCUUUGACUGUAUACCAUGUGCUGAAGGAGAGAUCAGUAAUCAAACAGAUUCAAAUGAUUGCCUGACAUGUUCUAAAGAAACAUGGCCAAACCAAGCCCAAGACCAGUGUAUUCCUAAAACUUUAGUGUUUUUGUCCUUUCAGGAGCCCUUGGGAAUAAUUCUAUGGGCAUUUUCAGCAUUUGGGGCCUGUGUAGCAUUAGCAGUGAUUGGUGUGUUUAUAGUGUACAUGAAGACACCAGUUAUACGAGGAAACAAUAUAGAGUUAAGUUUCCUUCUCCUUCUGUUCCUCUGUGCAUGCUUUCUGAUUGGCCUAACAUUUAUAGGGAAGCCGACUGACUGGUUAUGUCAGAUUCGUUAUCCAGCUUUUGGAAUAAGCUUUACUCUCUGUAUUUCAUGUAUCUUGGCAAAAACUGUAGUAGUUUUAAUGGCUUUCAGAGCCACACUCCCUGGCAGUAAUGUCAUGAAGUGGUUUGGCCCUGCUAAACAAAUAUCAAGUGUAAUCUUGUGCACUUUUGUGCAAGCACUUAUUUGCAUCAUAUGGUUAACAACAAAGCCUCCUUUUGCAUCAUACAACACCAAGUUUAUGAGUGCAGCUAUAAUUGUUGAAUGUGCUGUAGGAUCGGAAGUUGGAUUUUGGUGUGUCUUAGGUUAUAUUGGACUCUUAGCUUGUUUGUGUUUCUUAAUGGCAUUUUUGGCGAGAAAAUUACCAGACAACUUUAAUGAGGCUAAAUUCAUCACAUUCAGCAUGCUUAUAUUUUUUGCUGUGUGGAUAACCUUCAUUCCAGUUUAUGUAAGCUCUCGUGGAAAGUAUACGGUUGCUGUCCAUGUCUUUGCUAUUCUAGCAUCUGCCUUUGGUCUCUUGCUGUGUAUAUUUGCUCCUAAAUGUUACAUUGUUCUUCUGAAACCUGAGAAAAAUGACAAAAAGCACAUGAUGAAAAAAUAA